AUGUUUCAAAAUCUUCAGUGUCUGCAGCCAUCACUACAAAUUCAGAAAACCCCUAUUCAGGUCCCUUCUACAGGGGGGAAAAAACAGUUUUCGAGUCAGGGGAAUCAAGGGAAUUUCUCGAAAAAUGAAGGUUCAGGGGUUUUUGCUGGAAACCGCAAGCAGGGGCAAAAAGGGAAUUAUCCGAAAAUUGGAAAUUUUGGGGCUUCUGAUGGAAUUCGCUAUCAGGGGUAUAAUGGGAAUAAUCAGGAAAAUUUGGAAUUUAGUUUUGAUAGAGGUGGGAAGACAGGAGGUAAAAAUGGGCAGGGGUAUUAUGGGAAUAUUCAACCAAUGAAAGGAAAGUCUAAUGAUUCAAAGAUUGAACAGGGGAAAAGUUGGAAAAGUAACAAGGUUAUGGGAAAGAACAAGGAUGGGGGUGAUGUUUUGGAAGUCAAAGGGUUUGUGGGGAAUAAUUCUAUGAGUCGGCCUGACCAGGAAGCUAAAAAAUCAGAAGCAGGGGUGAUUUGGAACAUCGAAUUGGAAGGAUUGGGACAAAAUUCUUACCAUACUAGUUACCAAUUCAAAUAUAAAACUGAUCUGGAACAUCGAAUUGGAAGGAUUGGGACAAAAUUAGCGAUCAAUAUGAACUGA